AUGGCUUCCUCGGCAAAGGUUGGAGCAGAAUCAGAAAAUGAAGGUAGCAGUCCGCUUCCUAGGAGUAUUUCGGUAGAUUCCAUUGCACCUAAGUUAACAUCUCUUUUCAAAAGAAAUAGGAAGAGAAAGAUUGAUGAGUCGGCGGAAUCAACUCCGGGUCCAUCUGAUAGCGAAAAUGAAGCUAACGAACAGGAGUCUAAGAAAAGAAAGGUUUUGACCGAAGAACAGAAGAAAUUUGACGAGGAAGAAGCAAAGAGAGAUGCAGCGUUGCCAGAGAACCUUAGAAAGUUCAGACCAAAAGGCUUUGGAUUCAACUUACCACCCAAAGACAGACCAAUUAGGAUAUAUGCGGAUGGAGUAUUUGAUCUCUUCCAUUUGGGCCACAUGAAGCAAUUGGAGCAGGCUAAGAAAUCUUUUCCCAAUGUGGAACUAGUCUGCGGUGUUGCUACGGAUGUUGAUACUCACAAGAGAAAGGGAAUGACUGUCCUCACAGACAAGCAAAGGAUGGAGACUUUGAAACACUGUAAAUGGGUCGAUGAGGUUGUUUCUGCCCCUUGGAUUGUGACUCCCGAGUUUUUGAAGGAACAUAGAAUCGAUUAUGUUGCUCAUGAUGAUUUACCAUAUGCUUCCCUGGACUCAGAUGAUAUAUACAAACCAAUCAAAGAGAGGGGAAUGUUCAUGACAACACAGAGGACAGAGGGUAUCUCAACGUCUGACAUUAUCACGAAGAUUAUCAGAGAUUAUGAUAAAUAUUUGAUGAGGAACUUUUCCCGAGGUGCUACUCGAAAGGAGCUCAAUGUUAGUUGGUUUAAGAAAAACGAAUUAGAGUUUAAAAAGCAAAUCAAUGACUUUCGGGGAUAUUGGAUGAAGAAUAAGGCUAACAUUAACAAUGUUUCAAGAGACUUGUAUUUUGAAGUCAGGGAAUACAUGAGAGGAAAAAGAUCUGAAUUGUCCUCUCUUUUGGAUAAUGUAAGCAACUAUAGUAGUCUGCCUAGCGACUAUGAAGACAAUACUUCCAAAGCAAGCUCACCUUUGACAGAUUUUGCUUCCAAGUAUGUGGGCAACGCAAAUAAAGAUAUGCAUCCAAACAAGUCAUUGCUAGCAAACGUUAAAGACUGGAUCAAAGGAGACGACUCGAAUGAUGAAUAUUCCACUAAUGAUGAACAUGAGUCAAAGAAAAUUUCAAACCUGCUGGUAGUUUCGACUCCAGACGCUCCAGAUUCUGAGUCUGACAAGUCUUCAAAGCUGGUUUCUAAGGGUUCUCAAGUGAAAGAUAUUGAAAAAACAAAAAAAGGUGAUGUCAGGAAGUCACGAAGGACGAGCAAAAAGGCGAAAACGGCUUCUUGA